AUUAGUUUUCUUUUGUAUUAUGUUAUUAGUAAGGAGUGAUCGUCGAUGACUGUUAUGGAGCACAGAUUGUAUUUGCUCCUGCUCUAUUUGGCCACAGCAGCGGGCGACCUUUGCACCAACCGCACGCUUGGCUCGCAGCCUUACCCGCCCGACUGUAGAGCGUAUGUCGUGUGCUGGAUGUCCAUACCUUAUUUCAACACCUGCCCCAACGGUCAGCUGUAUGAUGUACAGACCAAUAGUUGCCAACCAACACAUCUAUCGAUAUGCUGCAACAUAACAUUCCCAACUCCGACCAGACCUCCAGUGCCCCCUAUUACUUCUGAGACCCCUAAUAUUUCCACUACUACUCCUAUUUUGACAACUAAGUUUACAGUAACUCCUACAAAUCCAAGUACAGUAACUCCUACCACAUCUGUUCUGACAUCUGAAUCAACAAACAAUCAACAAACUUCUACAAAAAUAUUUACUACUACUAAUCCCUGGAUCUCAACUUAUUCACCUACUAUUCAAACUAUAACUGAAUCUUUACCACCAGUAAAUAUAAGUACUAAUGGAACUUCAAAUUUAACUACACCUUCUGUAACUAUUUCUUCAACUGUAACUAACCCUGUAACACAAACAACAGAAUUAGUAACUGCUACACAUUCGUUUACUACAGAAGAACCUGAACAACAUACAACAUCAAAUACGGAACCCACCUCAACAACAUUCAAAUCAAUUUCAUCAACAGAAGCACAAACAAACUCCGAAAUUUCUACAACACCACGUAUUAGCACAAAAGCGCCAUCACCAGAUAUUACAACAACUGAAGAAUCAACAGUAUCUCUUUUAACAACAACCCAGCCUCUUCCACCCAUUACUUCAACAACCUCAAAUCCUACUUCAAUAACAACCGAAGCUUCAACAACGGAACACACAACACCUACAAUACCCUCUUUUACUACCAGAUCUCCUUCGCCAUCUAAUACUUUUUCAACUUCCAUGACUACUUCAAUCCCGACGACUUUGAAACCUAUUUCCACAACUACAGAAACUAUGUCAACAACAUUUGAACCCAUUACAUCAACAGGAAUUCAUAAAACAUCACUUGAACCAACUACGACAUUGGAUGGUAAAACAAAACCUGCCUCACCAUCUAUUACAAUAACUGCAGAACCAAUAUCAACAACUUUUAUGCCUAUUACAAUAACAGAAGACAAGACAUGUGAACCAACUUCAACAUCUAAAAGUUCUAACACCGAUAUAAAUACAACUUCUGAAUUAUUAACUUCGACUGUAUUCUCAACAGUUACUGAUAAAGAAACCAAAAAUUCAACAGUUAUAACUACACCAGCAACUGUAACUAAUAUAAUAACAGAUCGAGGACCUAUUAAAUCAAUCACUACUCAAACAGUACCUGAUAGUACGUUAAAAUCUACGACCAGUGAACUACCGGUUCAUAAAACUACAAUUAAUACUCAAACUUCAUCUGCAACUACACCAACCACUGAAUCUGUUCAACAAUCAAUUACAAUUUCUUCAAAAACAGACACUCCUAUAACUUUACCUGAUACAACUGUAAAAUCAACGUCACUAUCCACUGAAUCUCCAAAUCGACCUUCGACCUUUAGUUCUCCAUCAACUAGUUCAACCACAAUAAUAGUUGAACCUACUGCAAUAACUACAGAUCAAAAUAUCACUUUGCCUACUUCAAUACCGACACGUGGUUCAACUAUUAUAGUUGAGCCUAUAACUAUAACUCCAAUAUCAACUGAACAAACAAAUCCACCAACUAUAGCUACUUCUCUGUAUAGCUCUUCUACCCCAGUCACAAUAACUACAACUCUAGAACCAAUAAUUACUGAAAUUUCAACUACUGAAGUUCCUUCAACUGUAACAUCUUCUAUAGAACUUGCAACUGAUAUAUCAUCUAAAACAAUAACCCCAUCAUAUGCUACUACCGAAAAUCCAUCUCAUAUUCCAUCAGAAGGACCAAUUUCAACAUUACCAUCUUCAUCAAUUACAAUACCAACAGAAAUAACAACAUUCGAACCUAUCAGUAUUACCACCACUCCUUCCUCUUAUACUAAUACUGAAACAAUACCAACUUCCACGCACCCAAGUUCAUCCAUUCCAACAUCUACUCAAUCAUCACAAGAAACUACACUGGGACCUAUAAUUACAACUCUGACCACUAACCCAAAUCCUGAAGUGUCAACAAUUACAACACUCAUUCCUACAAUAUUACCUUCCUCAGAAACAACUACAAAACCUACAGAUACACCAACAAUUUCAUCAACAUAUCCAACAUUACCUUCUGUAAUGCCCACACUUUCAACAACAAUAACAUACCAACCCUCAACAUUAACAUCUCCUACCAAACCCACUCUACCCCCAGCACCUACGAAAACCAGCAUACCCCCUUGUUUCACAACUCCAAAACCUUCUUCAUUGAUUCUUGAAAGACGUCUUCCUAUUCCUAUGUGUAAACCUGGUGAAAUGUUCCUUUAUCCUGACCUCAACAAUUGUAAUUUCUACUACGAAUGUUUUGAUGCCAUUAUUAAGAAAAUGAUGUGCAAAUAUGGCUACCAGUUCAAUCCACGAGCCUUGAAAUGUAUGCCAAGAAUAGAAGCGAACUGUCGAGUAAUGAUGUCAUCAGCGAUACGAACCGCUUUUUAUGAAGAAUUUCUGAAUUUGUAUCAUCUACAGUACAAUUAUUGAUAUCCCAAUCAUAUCCAUAUAAGAAAAAAGGAAAUUAAAAACUACAAUUGCAAGAAAAGUA